CAGAGCGAGACCCUGUCUUGAAAAUAAGUAGAUAAAUAAAUAAAUAAGGCUGAAGAGACAUAAUUAAAUGCAGUAUGUUGUUGUAGAUUAGAAAAAAUAAAGGACAUCAUUGGAACCAUUGAGGAAAUAUGAAUGUGGACUGUGGAUUAAAUAGGAGUAUUAUAUUAAUUUUAAUGCUCUGAUUUUGAUAAUUGUACCAUGGUGUACUAUUAUGCUACAAAUAUCCUUGUUCCCAGGAAACAAACACUGAGUACAUAGGGGCAAAAGGGCCAAAAUGGUUCAGAAAACAAAUAUUUAUAACUAUAAUAUUUCAAGAGAAAUGGUAAAGCAGUUGGGGCAAACACAAACAAUGGGCCUGGGAAAAGAGUAUACAGGAGUUCAUUGUGACUUUUUAGAAAGUCUGAAAUUAUAUAAAAAAUAAAAGUUCCAAAAAUGUCAUUUAAAAAAUAGGGGGAAAGCCCUCUCAUCUCACUCAGGGGUGUGUAGGUCCUCACACAGGUCUCACAAUGACCUAGAAGGUCCUACUGAGCUGCUUCCCCCUUUAUCUCCAAGCUUGCCUCCUAGGGCUCCUGCAUAGUUCUCUCCGCCUGGAACAUUCUUCCUCAGGUAUCCAGUAACCUGCCCCUUCACCAAUUAAAUUACACCUUCUUAAUGAGUCCUUCCCUGAUCAUAACAUCUGAAAUUACAAUCUCACUCUCCACUCCUCUUCUCUGCUUUAUUCUACUUUAUAGCACCAUCCAACAAAUGAUGUAUUUUGUAUAAUGUGCAUUGACUAUUUCUCCCAUAAAAACUCAUGACCCAAAGGGCAGAGAUUAUUGUUUUGUUUGGUGCUAUAUCCCCAGGGCCUAGAACAGAGCUGAGCCCACAGUAUGCACCCUACAAAUGCUUGCUGGAGAAAGAAGGAAUUUCAGGGUUCCAGGCAUUUUGUGUGCUGAGGUUGGGGGUUGAAGGGCGUUGCAUACUUCCUGAACUGCUCUUUCUCUCAUUGCUCCUUUUUUUCUUCUUUGUUUUUCGGGGACAGAGUCAGCUCACUGCAGCCUCAAACUCCUGGGCUCAAGAGAUUCCCCCACCUCCGCCUCUCAAAGUGCUGGGAUUAUAGACGGAAGCCACUCUACCCAGCUUCACGGCUCCUUUUAUUCUGCUGAGGAGAACCAGACCCUGUGCUCCUGCGAUGCCUAAUAAUACUCGGCACACAGGAGGCGCUGCAGAAGUACCGGCUGGGUGAACAUACAGACGUAGAGAUGCCCAGAUUGCUCUACAAUCUCCUGGGGGCCAAUGUCACGGCUUAGAGCUGAGAAGAGAGCACGCAUCGCCAGUCACUGACACAACAGAGGAGAAGACGGACACCCAGACCCUGGCCCAGACGAAGCAAACAGGCGAAAAGGCGGGGGACAGAGACACAGAGCCAGGGCGAGUUACGGACCGAGACCCAGACGCGGCGAACCGGAGGCCCGGGCCCACAGAAGCCCUGGCAGCGCCGGAGACAGUGUCAAGAAGAGGGGCGUGGAGGGGGGCGGAAUGGGCCGGAAGAGGGCAGAAAGGCAGCGCCGCGGGUCGGGGAGACCCCGGCCGCCCCCGCCCCGCUCACAAGUGGCCGCAGCGGGUGGCCGCCCGCCCGCCCGCCGGCCCGACGCGUGCGGGAUCAAAGCGGCGGGGAAGGGGCGGGGCGGGGAGGUGUCAGGAACCUGGAGGUGCGAGCGAGCUUCCCAGGGGACGGCAGGAGCGUGGGAGCGCAGAGAGUCGGGCCGGCGACAGAGACCCGGGGAGACGACGAGAGAUGAACCCGAGAGACCCAGAUGCGGGGAGCCGGGUCCGAGAUGCGGAGGGACGAGACAACUGAAGACCCAGAGAGACCCAGAGCGAAGUCGCUAAGAGCCCUGGAAAGAACGGGAGAGAUUCAAAGGGACGCCAAGAGGCCCUCAGAAACCCGGAAAGACGGCGAGACGAAGAAGGCCCAGACCCACGAACUUAGGAAAAGGAAGAGUGAUUCAGAGAGAACGGAAAUAAGAGACGGAAGAAGAGAAAUGGAAAGAACAAGGGAUUUAGAGUGUGUGGGGCGGGGAGACCUGGCUCCUCCCCCGCGGGGGGCCGAGAGGACCCCGGAGGCAGGGAUCCCAGCACCAUGUCCUUUCUCAGGGUCACGCCUGUGGAGGUGCGGGCUGAGGGGGGAGGGAUGUGGAGGCUGGAGGACCCCUGGCUGGGAGGAGGGGGGUGUGAGAACAUGAGUAAUCAGGGCCUAGCUCUGGGGCUUCAAACUCUAAGAUCGUCAAAAGGCUAAAUUUCAUAUUUAGUAGAAAUGUUUAAGCGAAGAUGUUUAGAAAGGUCGUCAAACUUAUCAUUCCCUUUUGGGGAGGAGAAAAGAAAAGAGACGAGUGCAUUGGCCGGGAAUCGAACCCGGGCCUCCCGCGUGGCAGGCGAGAAUUCUACCACUGAACCACCAAUGCUAGUGACAGCCACUUUGCAAUAGUUGCAUCUCAGCUUGUAGGAGGUUGAGGCCAACGUCGCCAAGCAAACGAUGUAGGCCAACUGCUCAGGAAAGGAGUGGCUGCGAAUGGUCAACGUGGGUGGAGCGCCGAGCCAUCCUUCCUCCCGCCGGGAUCCGGCCACCGGGCCAUAAAGCCGCCCCAUAUGGCCGGGGGCGGCCCCACACCCGGGUGCGAACAGCCCAGGGCCCCGAGCCUCGCGUGCAGGCACUUUGUCCUGAAGCCUCCGAGUGUGCACGCUUCAUUUGCAAAGGGUCAUAUUCUUGGCUUGAGAUGGUCCUGCGGAAUAAGCGGGGCCUCUACUGCACGUCUCAGUAUGAACCUCGGAGCCUAGACCAGCGCCCUGCACGCAAAGUGAGCCUGCAGAGGUCGGGGGACUUGCACAGGACGGACAUGGAACAGAGCGCCUCUUCUACCUCCUGGCAGAGCCCCACUUAAGUCAGGCAGAUCCACCCAGCACACUAUUCUGAGUAGGAGGCAAAUUUGGGGCAAGAAGGGAAGAAGUAUAAAAUUCAGCCUGGGGUCUGAGGGAUGCUAACUUUUAUUUCAGAGAUAGUAAGGGUACAGUGAGCCUCCAAGAAAGCUUCAGUUCUGGGGGAACUGAGAACUUCGUCCUCAAAGGAGUUCUGUCCCAAAUAACCUAAUCUCCCUUUGCCCCUAAUAGCCUCCUCCCUCCAGCUGGGUCCCGCCUCCUUAUACAGCCUGAUGGUCGGUAAACCAGUCUGUGUCUAUUCGCCCCUCACUUCCCACACUCCCAGGCCGGUUCCUCUCCUUCUCCUCCCCCUUCACUCCUCCCCUUUCCGGGAGCCUCGUGCCGGGGUCCUAGCCAGGCGGAAUCUGGGUGCUGAAGUGGGCGGGUCCGGGUCCUAUCCCUCCUACCUGGCACCGCGGGCUAUAAGGCCCCAGGCGAGCAGGGAUCCGGUCCACACCAGGGUCCGGAGGAGCAAUGGUCACCCGAGAUCGAACUGAGAACAGGGAUGGCCCCAAGAUGCUGAAGCCGCUGGUGGAGAAGCGGCGCCGGGACCGCAUCAACCGCAGCCUGGAAGAGCUGAGGCUGCUGCUGCUGGAGCGGACCCGGGACCAGAACCUCCGGAACCCGAAGCUGGAGAAAGCGGAGAUCCUGGAGUUCGCCGUGGGCUACUUGAGGGAGCGAAGCCGGGUGGAGCCCCCGGGGGUUCCCCGGUCCCCAGCCCAGGACGCCGAGGCGCUCGCCAGCUGCUACCUGUCCGGCUUCCGCGAGUGCCUGCUCCGCUUGGCGGCCUUUGUGCACGACGCCAGCCCGGCCGCCCGCGCCCAGCUCUUCUCCGCGCUGCACGGCUACCUGCGCCCCAAACCGCCCCGGCCCGAGCCGGGAGAGCCGAGGCCUCCAGCGCCGCGCCCGCCGCUGGACCCCGCCGCACCCGCCCUCGGCCCCGCGCCGCACCGGCGCCCCGCAGUGCACCAGGGCCCCCCCAGCCCGCGCUGCGCAUGGUCCCCACCCCUCUGCUCCCCUCGCGCCGGGGAUGCCGGCGCGCCGGCGCCCCUCACCGGACUGCUGCCGCCACCGCCGCCGCCUCACAGACAAGACGGGGCGCCCAAGGCCCCGCCGCCCCCGCCGCCCGCUUUCUGGAGACCUUGGCCCUGAGCUUUGGUGGGGUGGAGGCGGGGGCUGGGGGUGGGGUAGAGACUCCAGCCGUGGGCAGCAGAGGGACCCGGGCGUCCGGGCGAGGAGGUGUUGGGGAGGGCGGCGGGGCGCGCGGGCUCAGCGCGCGGGUGAGAUGUGGUCUAUAUUAGAGUAUCUAUAUAAAUAUAUAUUUCCCUGGUUCCUGUCCCUUUUCCCUGACCCCCGCCCUUGGCGUCUAGGAUUGUACCCUCUUUGCUCUCGGCCCAGUCCCAGUCCCUUUACAAGUCCCUAGUGCAUGGAAUAAAGUGGUUAUUAAAUCCCCGUGUGUCCCCGAGCCAGGGGCCUGCCUUUAUCUCGACGUCCACGCCCACUUUCCCUUCCCUUCUGUCUCCCACCCCCAGUCCUGCUCUCCACGGCCCAAGCUCCGGGGCAGACAGGUAAGUAAAGAAGAGAGCAGAGCGGAGACUGAGGUUGGAACUGAAACCAGGAGGAAAACACAGAUAGAGUAGGGGAAGAAGGGAUGGGAACCUUGGAGAAAAAAAUCGGAUAAAAAGGAGAGAAAAAAUUCAAAUAAAAUCGACUCUGGUGGGAUUCGAACCCACAACCUUUGAAUCGCUCUUUCGUCACUAGAAGUCCAAUGCGCUAUCCAUUGCGCCACAGAGCCACCUCGCGGGCAAUGGCAUCCUGUGGCUUACCGAUACUAGCAUGGGAAAGGGGCAUGGGCAGGGGGGGUGUGUGUGAGGGAAUCGGGCGGGAAGUGUCACCGGCAUGGGUUUGAAUCUCAGAAGCCAGCUAGGUGGAGGGAGCAGGCGCAAAGCUUGUGAGCAAGCGCGCAAGAAACAGGGAGGAAAAGCAACCGAAUAUGAGCGAGUGAGCGAGUGCAGAGCUCCGGCUGCCUGCUUGGGGUGCUUCCAGCUCUGGCGCACCCCACUCCCAGAUGUGGCCCCACCCAAAUAAACAUUUUUUGUUGUAAAUU